ACACGCUUAGCUUAAAUUAGUUAUUCGGACCGGCAUAUAAACGUUUUCUGAUACUUCUGUGCGCGUAAUAUUUCCCAGCCCGAGUUCUGCUUUAUUGCGCGAAAUUUCCAAACAUGACACUCAAAGAAUUGAAAAUUAAGACCAACGUUGUCAAACGCAUUUACAAAGAACAUCUCGCGUACGGCAAGGAAGCCCAAGACCAGCAAAAGAGAAUUGACAAGCUCAUUGAGGAGAAUGCGGAUGAAGCCGAUGUGCGAAAGCAGAAAGAAGUACUCGAAGAAACUUUUCAAAUGAUACCCGACGUCAAGCAGCGUUUUGCAAAAGCAUACAAGGAUCUUGAAGACAAAGUGGAGGAUCCUCAAUAUGAAGGAAGUGACGAGUUGCAAGAAGCCCGCACUGUGCUUGCUGAAUAUACCAUCGAGGAAUAAAAAGGAACGACACACCAAGUGUUGUUUUGUUGCUUUCUAGGAAAACACUGAGGAUCUUCCAUUUGCAUAUGCUGCUUAUAUUUGAAUGCUGGUUUGAUGUCCACUCAUGUUGUAGCAUACAUGCAGGGGUAGAGAGAUAGAGUGUUGAUGCCUCAAAACAAAUCUAAAACAAGCCAUUGGAUGAAAUCCGGUUCAUGUCCAAC